AUGCUCGCCAAGCUUACCGGCCUGAUGAUGCUCCUUAUCGCAUCCGCUGUUUUCCUGUACUAUACUGUCUGGACUUUAUUUAUUCCAUUCGUUGACGAGGGUCACCCACUCCAUGACCUCUUUCCCCCACGCGUCUGGGCUAUUCGCAUUCCAGUGAUCCUAAUCCUUAUUGGAAUUGCUGUAGUUGGCAGUUUCUUGAGCGUUGUUAUGAUCAGGAGUGGGAGGAAGAAGGCUGCGAAGGAGAAGGCAAAGGCUGCAGUUCAAGGGAAGAAGAAGAACUAG